AGCCUCGAAUGCGCGUCACUCCUGUCAACUGUACUCUCUGUCGAGAAAAACGAGAAUCGUUUUGUCCAGAGAUAAAUCAGCUUACAAACCAUGUCUUUCAACGACAGAGAUAUCGUCAUCGAGGACCUCAAUGUUCGUGUCGUGUACUCAGCAGGAGAGGGUGAUCGUUCCGUCCUUGCUGCAAGGGAUAUCACAGCUAAAUCCCAGCUGAUGCUCGUUGACCACCCACUCUUGAUCGCGCUGGACACUCCCCAUCUUGCAGUCAACUGUUAUUCUUGCUUCAGGACUCCAAGAGAAUUGCCCAGGGAUGUUCAAGGUCAAGCUCCAAGCUUGCAAAGGUGCAGUGGAUGCAAAGUUGUCAGAUUCUGCGAUAAGAUAUGCCAGAAGCAAGCUUGGUUGUAUCAUCGUUUGGAAUGCAAGCUCUACGCCAGACUGUACCCGCGAAUUCUUCCCAGCAACGUCCGAGCCAUGGUCCGUCUGCUGAAACAGCAGAAAGCCGGCCAGAUUCCUCCUGAAGAAUGGAUGCAUCUCCUUUCACUCGAAAGUCAUAUGGAAGAAAUAGGCCGUGCGGGAGGUGAGCGCUGGGAGGAUCUUUCGUUGAUGACUCAGGGCAUCAAAGCCUACUCUAAAUCUGAUCAAAGCCCAGAGCUGAUAUUACGGCUGCUGUGUAUUCUUACCAUCAACUCCUUCACGCUGACAAACUUUAUAUCCGAGCCUAUGGGCCUGGCCUUGCACCCCAAAACAUCUCAGUUCAACCAUUCUUGUCGUCCGAAUGCUUUCGUACGCUUCGACGUCUUCAAAAGCGUGUCUGCGCCCGAAAAGUCUGGACAACACCAUAUAUCGGUUCACGCAUUGCGAGACAUUCACGAAAACGAGGAAAUUACGCUGGGGUACGUCGACGGCACCUAUCCCUUCGAAAAGAGGCAGCAGGAGCUGAAAGAAAGGUAUUUCUUCACGUGUUCGUGCGAGUUGUGCACGAAAGAGCGAGAGGCUGCAGCAAAUCCUUCUCAUACAACGUCUAUAGUCAACUCGAAGGCCAAAGAGGCGGAGCAAUACGCCGAACAGGUGCACUCGGAUGUUCAAUCGGAGCCAGGUCUUGAGUAUACCCAGGUUGACAAAAUCAAGCAAGCUAUGGCAGGUUUGGCUGGGACCGCAUCCUGGCGCCUCCAUCAUUAUCCGUGGCCACAGCUGCGUACUCAGCUUCUUGCCGGUCUCAUCGGCUUAGGCAAAUACUCUGAAGCUCUCUUACAGUCAGCAAUUAUGGCGCGAGUGACCCACCCUGCAAUGUUUGAGCAGGCAUAUCAUCCACUGCGCCUGGUACAGAUGUUUGCUUUAUGGAAUCUGUGCAAUUCCUGUAUGGACGACGAAGAGGAACGCGAAGAGACAGGCAGACCCUGGGAUGCCAGAAGAUUCCGUAUGCUCGAUCUACUGAGCUGUGUUGUCCUCGAUGACAUUCACAAAGCUCUGGUCGAUGGUGUCAGAAUCAACGGCUACCUUGAGCACAUGAUCGAGCAAGCAUUGCGGAGGCCUCCCAGAGAAGCAAGGACCUGGGACAACUUUCAGGACAAACCAGCACAGGCUCGCGAAGUUGCGUGGGCCUGGUUGGACGAACUCAUCAGAGCCCAACUCAGGAAAGAGGGCGUGUCUCAAACCAUCGUCGAUUCCGCCAUGACAAACCAAGGCUGAA